AGGUGGGGUAGCCUGCGACUGCAGGCCCGGCUUUGACCUUGCCCCAAACCAGAAGGACUGCACACUAACCUGUAACUAUGGAAACGGAGGCUGCCAGCACAGCUGCGAAGACACGGACACAGGCCCCAUGUGUGGCUGCCACCAGAAGUACGCCCUCCACACAGACGGUCACACGUGCAUCGAGACGUGUGCUGUCAAUAACGGAGGCUGCGACCGGACAUGCAAGGACACAGCCACUGGCGUGCGCUGCAGCUGCCCGGUUGGAUUCACACUGCAGCCAGAUGGGAAGACGUGCAAAGACAUCAACGAGUGCCUGACGAACAACGGGGGCUGUGACCACUUCUGCCGGAACACCGUGGGCAGCUUUGAGUGUGGCUGCCGGAAGGGCUACAAGUUGCUGACCGACGAGCGCACCUGCCAAGACAUCGACGAGUGCUCCUUCGAGCGGACCUGCGACCACAUCUGCAUCAACUCCCCUGGAACGAGCAAAGGAGGCGCCGCGGCAGCCACUGCUGGACAAUUGCCACGUGACCUUCGUGACCCUCAAGUGUGACUCCUCCAAGAAGAGGCGUCGUGGCCGCAAGUCCCCGUCCAAGGAGGUGUCCCACAUCACGGCAGAGUUUGAGGUGGAGACAAGGAUGGAGGAGGCCUCAGACACCUGUAAGGCGGACUGCCUGCGGAAGCGAGCAGAGCAAAGCCUGCAGGCAGCCAUCAAGACCCUCCGAAAAUCCAUCAGCCGGCAGCAGUUCUAUGUCCAGGUCUCAGAUACUGAGUACGAAGUGGCUCAGCGGCCGGCCAAGGCCAUGGAGGGGCAGGGGGCGUGCAGCACAGGCCAGGUGCCACAGGAUGGCAAGUGUGUGAGCUGUGAGCCUGGCACCUACUUUGGUGGCGAGCACAGCCAGUGCAUGCCCUGCACACCGGGGACCUACCAGGACGUGGACGGCCAGCUCAGCUGCACGCCGUGCCCCAGCAACCACGGGCUUGGCCUGCCAGGUGCCCGCAACGUGUCCGAGUGUGGAGGCCAGUGCUCUGCCGGCUUCUUCUCCACAGACGGCUUCAAGCCCUGCCAGGCCUGCCCCCUGGGCACGUACCAGCCUGAGCCUGGACGCACCGGCUGCUUCCCCUGCGGAGGGGGGCUGCUCACCAAGCUCGAGAGCGCCACCUCCUUCCAGGACUGUGAGACCAGAGUGCACUGCUCACCCGGCCACCACUACAACACCAGCACCCACCGCUGCAUACGCUGCCCCGUCGGCACCUACCAGCCCGAGUUUGGCCAGAACCACUGCAUCACCUGUCCUGGCAACACCAGCACCGACUUCGAUGGCUCCACCAACGUCACCCACUGCAAAAACCAGCACUGCGGGGGCGAACUUGGCGACUACACGGGCUACAUCGAGUCCCCCAACUACCCUGGUGACUACCCGGCCAAUGCUGAGUGCGUGUGGUACAUCUCACCGCCUCCCAAGCGCCGGAUCCUCAUCGUGGUCCCCGAGAUCUUCCUGCCCAUCGAGGACGAGUGUGGAGACGUGCUCGUCAUGAGGAAGAGCGCCUCCCCUACGUCUAUCACCACCUAUGAGACCUGCCAGACGUACGAGAGGCCCAUCGCCUUCACCUCCCGCUCCCGCAAGCUCUGGAUCCAGUUCAAAUCCAAUGAAGGCAACAGCGGCAAAGGGUUCCAAGUGCCCUACGUCACCUAUGAUGAGGAUUACCAGCAAUUGAUAGAAGAUAUUGUUCGAGAUGGACGGUUAUACGCCUCAGAGAAUCACCAGGAAAUUUUGAAAGACAAGAAGCUGAUCAAGGCCCUCUUUGACGUGCUGGCACACCCCCAGAACUACUUCAAGUACACAGCCCAGGAGUCCAAGGAGAUGUUUCCCCGGUCCUUCAUCAAACUGCUACGCUCCAAAGUGUCCCGGUUCCUGCGGCCCUACAAAUAACUUGCCCGCUGCCCCGCAUGGGGACGGCCAGGGUGCACCCAGGGGGGAGGGCCCGCUGCCUGAGAUUCCUUCCCCCUCCAGUAGAAGCUGAAGGUGGCUCCCCGGGACAGGGGGCCCCUCCAAGCUGCCUUGGGAAAUAGCCAAGACGUUUGGCCUCCAGGAAAGUGGACCAGCUGGCAGAGGGCUAAAACCAGCCCAGGCGAGACGCCAGCAGGCUUCCCUCCUCAGAUCCAUCACUUAGGGUGGGGUGGAAUGGGGGACAUUGCUUCUUCCUCCCUCCCUCCACCCGUUCAUUUCACUGAGCACCAGGGAUGCACUCUCCCAAGCCAGCACUAGAGGGCGCCCUUGCGGGCAGGGGCCUGGGC